GUUAUAGCUUCAAUACAUAAUCAAGCUCUGUUCAUUGCUUUGUAUGUUCCAAGGAAAUCUCCGCUUUCUACUUUCAACAUGAUCAGGUCACGAUGUUGAGCGAAAUCACUGUAAAAAUCUUCCUGAUACUCGAGAUAUUUGCUGCGUUUGGGGCGUCACAGGAGUCUGCAGCUCUACAGCCAGAUUCCUUCUGUGAGCCCAAUAAGAUGUUUUAUCAAUGUAAACCCUGCCCAAGGACCUGCGGGAACCAGGAGAUCCCAUGUCUAAAGAUUUGCCAGCCUGAGUGCUACUGCAAACCUGGUUAUGUCCUGGCCUCAGCCACCUCUAACACCUGCAUCCCGGAGUCUGAGUGCACGUCUUGUGGACCAAAUGCAAGGUUCACUGAUUGUAACUCUUUCUGUCAGGACACAUGUGAUAACUACAUGCAGUCGGGCAGAGCUUGUCCUAUGAUGUGCCAGCCCGGCUGUGUCUGUGAAAAGGGCUAUGUUAUGUACAAUAACCAAUGUAUCAGGCCCAUACUGUGCCCCAAGAGGGCACGAGCUGUCCAUCCAAUGCUAAUACCCCUAUUAGCUGGCAGAACUUCAAAUUCCAGCUCCAUCUGAAGUCCUACUGCUUGGUUCAUGUUACGUAAUAUUAU